CUUGGUUUGCAUGUUUUCUUCAUGUUAAUUAAAACUACUACUUCUACAGGUAAAGAGAAAAAAACCCAGUUACCGCGUAGAACACAAGUCACUGAAAAUGGCAGAGGCAUUUAUUCCAGUAGCUGAGGAUCAGUUCGUCUGUUCAGUUUGUCUGGAUCUCCUGAAGGAUCCAGUGACUCUUGCCUGUGGUCACAGUUACUGUAUGGUGUGUAUUAAUAACUGCUGGGAUCAGGAGGCCAUAAAAGGAUUCUACAGCUGUCCUCAAUGUAGAGACCAUUUAUACCAGAGGCCUGUUCUACGCAGAAACACCAUCCUGGCUGAAGUGAUUAACGAACUGAAGAAGACUGAAGCCGCUUCUUCUGCUCACUGUUACGCUGCACCUGGAGAUGUGGCGUGUGAUUUCUGCACCGGGAAAAAACUCAAAGCCAUCAAGUCCUGUCUGAUGUGUAUGACCUCCUUUUGUGAAACUCACCUUAAACCUCAUCUUGAACUUCUUGCUUUGAAAAAGCACACCUUAAUUGAAGCCUCAUUAAAACUCCAAGACAAGGCCUGCUCUCAACAUGGCAAACUGCUUGACUUCUACUGUCGUUCUGAUCAAAAGUGUAUUUGCUCUUUGUGUGUGUUGGAUAACCACAAAGGUCAUGACACUAUAACACUUUUAGCAGAAAGAAACGAGAAAGAGAAAAAGCUAAAGGAAGAGCAGAAGAAAUCCCAGCAGAGAAUCCAGGAGAGGCAGAAGAAGGAGCAGGAGCUGAAAUGUUCUGUGGUCAGGAUUAAGGUUCAACUGAGUCAAGCUGAACAAAACCUGAAGCAAGUGGAGCAGGAGAUCAUUGAUCUUAAGAAGAAAGACACAGAAUUGGAGCAGCUUUCAUACACACAAGAUCAUGUCCAUUUCCUCCAGAGUUUCCAGUCUUUGUGUGCAACUUCUGGACCUGAGGAUAAACCCAGCAACACUUUAUCUAAGCGUUGGUCAUUCCAUGAAACAGGGAGUAAUUCAUUAGAUCUGACGAAGCUGGGAGGAUCCUUGGGCGAGUUUUACCAAAAAACACUCAACAGAACACAACCAGAAAAAACUGGUUCCUACCUGUCUUUCCCUACGUUUGGAGCCACAGGUCCUGCAGUUCGGGAGAUUUUACCCUUAGAGCCGAAGAGCAGAGAAGAUUUUCUAAAAUAUUUCCGCUAUCUAAGUCUGGAUCCAAACACAACACAUUGUUUCCUUUGUCUGUCUGAGAAUAACAAGGUGGCGUCAUUCACGUGGAAACAGCUGUACGUUGAUCAUCCAGAUAGAUUUGAGUUCUGUAGUCAGGUGUUGUGUAAGGAGAGUGUGCACGAGCGCUGUUACUGGGAGGUAGAGUGGAGUGGGGUUGUGCACAUCUCAGUCGCUUAUAAAGAGAUCUGGAGGAAAGGAAAAGAUAAAGAGUGUGGGUUUGGACGCAACAACCAGUCCUGGAGUCUGCGGUGCUCUUCUUCUUCACUCUUUUUUUAUCACAAUGAUAUUAAAAAUGUUCUUUCCAUUCCACCAUCCUCCAAAAUAGGAGUGUACGUGGAUCACAGAGCAGGAAGUCUGUCCUUCUACAACGUCUCUGACACGAUGAGGCUCCUCCACAGAGUCCAUAACACAUUCACUCAGCCUCUAUAUGCUGGGUUUGGGCUGUAUGGAGGAACUGUGAGAUUGUGUAAUGCAAAAUAA